ACAUGUUAAGUCAGAUCAGGAAGUGUGAUGGUGUGACUGAACAGAAGGAAGCGGGCACACAAUGGCACCAUGUCUGCGUCUCGGCCCGGUACCAUGAGAGGCCCCCAGGUGAAGACCCCCCUGCCGCUGCUGCUGCUGCUGCUGCUGACCCCUCUGCUCAGGACAGUGUCAUGCCAAGAUGAUUUCGGUGACGAUGGACAGAAUGUAGAAGAGGAACCGCAGGAGAGCGAAGGAGGCACAGAGGAUGAUGACGACGCAGGAGCCACAGAACCGUCCCCUGAUCCUGACGCCUCCUCCUUACCAGAGCCCACGUCCUCCUCUUUCACAACACUGAGCUCCGGUGACAUUCCAGGAGACCCUGGCUCUGGAGACCCUACAGCUGACUCCUCCUUCAGUGUUUAUGGUGACGACCGUUCACUCACUCCUCCAGCUGAUACAGAUCAGCCCCCUGAAGAGGUGGACGACGGCUUAGGUCUCAUCAUCAUCAUCAUCCUUGUGGCGCUGGUGGCUGUCAUCAUCGCUGUCAUUUGUGGGAUUUUCAUGCAUCGCAGGUUGAACCAAAAAGUCAGAAAUCCAGAUGUCCACACAGAGGAUCCAUACUUUGAGGGUUCCAGUACAGAGAAGGUGCCAAUGCCCAUGUUUGAAGAGGAUGUACCCUCUGUGUUGGAGGUAGAAAUGGAUGACUUGGACCAGUGGAUGAAAAAAGACGGCGACACUGCAGGCGACUCUUAACAUCCACGACUGUUUUCAUGAGGAAUGGCCUGUUUCUGACAUUGUCACCUCUUUUUUCCCCUCACUCUGGACGCCCUUUCAGUGUGUGACGACACGCUGAUGGACCUGGUCGUUCUACAAUCAUCCAUCGACAGCAACGCAACAGGAACAACAUCACAGCUCUUAAAGUGAGACCUAUGAUGAAUAAAUGCAUAUUUUUUCCUCCACAUCUUGGGUUUAAACGUCUGGAGGUUCCAGUCUGAAAGCAGUAGCUCACAUUAGCUUCUGAUAAACAUCUACAUGUUGUGCAGUCGACACUGAUUGAGUCUGUGCAUUGACUUUUUGACUCUUCUCAUCUUGUUACACUGUGUUUGUCCAUUUAACAUUUUCCCAGAAGACCCACGAAGAGUGUUCAGAAAAUGUUAGAUACACUGUACCGCCUGCAGAUACUUUUAUUUUUACUUUUAUUUUAUCAAAACCCAUAAAAGACCCAAACAGCCACCAGUGACCAAAACUGAUCUAAACUGUUCAAUACCUGUUGAUCCACUAAUCCUAUCAAUACAUGGAAAUAA